UGGAACUCUCCCAACAGCUCCCAAAAACAAAGCAGAGCGCCUUCACUCUUCUUUCUUUCUUCUCUCAUUUUGGUGCGGACAGCCACUCAUCUUCUUCUCGGCAUGUCGAAACCAACCCUCCAGAAUAAUCUAAAAAUCAAGCGGCAUGAGGAUAAUAUUAAGUUUCUGCAGACUGAGAUAAAACGUUUAAGUCAGUCAAUCCUUAAUGUGCAAGUAAGUCUUGCAAAUCAUCACUCAGGGAAUGGGAAUGGAGCAACAGAUGAAAAUGGUGCUACUCGCAUGGAGGAGGAAGAAACAGAACAGAUUAUGCGGCAUGAAAGAUCUGCAGCUGCCUUAUUGUGCAAGCUGAAACCAAUGAAAUCUCAUCAUGCGACUCAGGCUUUGAAUUUGACUCUGACUCAGGAUGUGCUGGGUAUCGUUGGGGUUGUUGCCUCUCUCGGAAGAGUUGAUAGUGACGACCUUAGCAGGAUUCUCUCAGAGUACUUGGGACUGGAAACUAUGCUAGCAAUUGUAUGCAGGACAUUUGAAUGUGUUAAGGUUCUAGAGAAGUAUGAUAAGGAUGGCAUGAUAAUCAGCAGUGCUGGUAUUCAUGGACUAGGUUCUUCUAUUAAGAACAGUAUAAAAGGGCGCUUUCAGGUUUUAUGUCUCGAAGAUUUGAGGCCAUAUGUUGGUGGGUUUGUAGCUGAUAACCCACAAAGGAAGCUCGCUCUUCCGAAGCCCCAAUUUCCGAAUGGGGAGUGUCCUCAUGGCUUUCUUGAUUAUGCAGUGAACAUGAUCAAUUUGGAUAAAAGGAACUUACUUUCCCUCACUACUGCUGGGCAUGGACUCAGAGAGACACUAUUCUAUAGCCUCUUUUCUCGUCUUCAAGUUUACAAGACCAGGCGGGAGAUGCUUCUUGCUCUGCCAUGCAUAAAUGAUGGAGCUUUGUCUUUGGAUGGUGGGAUGAUUAAACCAAGUGGUGUGUUCGCCUUAGGAAGCAGGAAAAACAUAGAAGUUAAAUUUCUAGCAGCCUCUGGAGAAUCUAGUAUGCUUGCAAACUAUAUUGAAACUGAGGAAUUGCUCAAGAAGCUUAAAUUGGAGCGAACUUAUGUUACUGAGGAUAUGCAAAGGGAACAAGAAUUGUUGGACCUUGCCAAGAAAGACCUGAGCAUGAUUCUGUGACUAUGUCUUUUAAGCAGAUGCAUGCAGCCAAGAUGGAGAAAUCAGGAAUGGAUACAACAGAUGCUUGCAGGCCAAGAUGGAGCUCUCAGAAGAUUGGAUUUUCUGUUUUGUUUUUUCCCUUUUCUUUUAGUUUUUCAUUGUUGAUUCGGUGUACCUGUAUGGUAUCUGUAAAAUGGACAAAGUGUAUUGAUUUUGUUCAUCAGUUCUUUGUGGAUCCUAUUGUAAAACCAUGAAGAAUAAAAUCAUAACACUGCUCGUUACACAUUUUCUUGUUCCCUUUUUCUUAAUCCAAAAUAUAUUAUUUGAGUCA